AUGUCGUACUACGACGACGAUGAGCCCCGCCGCUACCGCAACGUCCAAACCCGCCCUCGAGGCCGCGACGAGCCUGAUUUCGUGAGAGAGGAGACCUACAUUGAGCGAGGAAAGGGACCGCCGCCACGUGAUCUGGUAUACCGCGGGCGCGAAGACAGCAUUGAAGACAUCCCGCGCGACUUCCCACCUCCAGGUGGCCGCGAUCGUGGGUACGGUCGCUCGACGAGCUACAGGGACAACUAUGACGAUUACGGUCCGCCCAGGCGAGCUCGAAGCGCAGCAGGAAGAAGACGCGACUACGACGAUGACGACCGCUACACAGACUAUGGCGCCGCUGGUGCUGGUGCCGCAGGCGGCUAUGCAGCUGGACGCGGCGGUGGUCGUGAUCGAAGACGUCGUCGGGACAGAGACUAUGACUCAGAAUACUCCAGCUCUCGCUCUCCACCUCGCAGCGCCCGCAGUGGACGCAGUUCCCGCCGCCCUGAGCGUCGCAAGUCCGGCGUCGAAGAAGUUUUGGGCGGUCUAGGCUUGGGCGGCAUUGCAGGAGCACUCACCGGCAAGAAAGACAAAGACCGCGACAGGUCCGACUCUCGUUCUCGCAGUGUCAGAUCUGGUCGUUCGCGCUCGCGUGCUGCAUCUCGCAAGCGCUACUCUUCCAGCUCAAGCUCUUCCCGCAGUCGUUCGCGCGGCGGCAACGAGAAGAAGUGGGCUCAGGCGGCGCAGGCAGCUCUUGUUGCUGGCGCAAUCACUGCUUUCACUUCUCGCAAGGAGCCUGGGCCAUGGACUGGCGACAAAGGCAAGCGCAUCGCCACAGCCGCCAUCAGUGCUGGUGGAAUCGAUGGCUUGCUCGACCGCAAUCCCAACGAAAAGACCAAGCGUCAUCUCGCAGAAGCUGUGCUCGGCGGUCUGGCUACCAAUCGACUCGCCAACGGCGCUCCAGGUAGAUCAAGGUCACGUGGUCGCGAUUCUAGCAUCUCUUCCGGUAGUCGGCCUCCUCCUCGCUCUCGCAGUCGUAGCAUCAUCGACAAGUUCAGGGGUCGCUCGCAGUCUCGCGGACGUCAGGGUGAAGAAGAAAACGGUGGAGGCGCCGGCGCUUUGAAGGGCCUUGCAGCAGGUGGCGCACUGGCGGCUGCGGGCAAAGCAAUCUACGACCGGGUGCGCUCCAAAUCACGUAAGAGAGACGACUCACGCUCCAGAGACUCAUCCGCAGAUUCGUACGUUCCCUCGCGCAAUCGCCGUCGUGACAAGCGUCGCUCACCACGUUCAGAUAUGGAAGCUACCCGGAGUCAAGGCGGGAGCGAGCGAGGUCGCGAUCGCGAUCUCGGGUCUCGCGAUACUAAUGGCAACAAUGGCGCCCUUGUGGGUGCGGGUGCUGGUGCUGGGGCAGGCGCCGGUGCCCUGGCCGCUUCCGGAGGUGGCGAAGGCAACAACAAGAAUGCUUACGAUGAAAAUGCGGACAACAGCAGUAGUACUACUGAGAUUGAAGCGAAGCGGAAGAAGAUGCGUGGGAAAGAGCUGUUGACGGCGGGUCUGGCUACUAUUGCUACCAUUCACGCCGCCCACGGUGUCUACUCGAGCAUGGAGGCUCACGAGAGUCGACACAAGAUGGUGGCGGAGGGUACAAUGACACCUGAGGAGGCUCGGAAGAAGCAGACCAAGGCUUGGGUGCAAGAUGCGGCCGCUGUCGGUAUCGCUGCAUUGGGUAUCAAGGGUGCUUUCUCCGAGUGGAAGGAAAUGAACGAGCACAGAAACGAAAUACACGAAAUCGAAAAGCGGAAGCGGAUGAAGCGCAAGAAGCAGGAGCAGCGCAACAAGCAAGAAGAAAGGGAGAGGCAAGAUCGCAUGAUCCAAGCCAUGCAAAACCCGCAAUAUCAGAUGAUGCAGCAGGGCGGCAUGAUGCCUAUGUACAACAUGCCGCAGCAGGGCUACCAGCAAGGCUACCAACCUGGCUACCAACCCGGCUACGGCAGCCAGAGCGGACGCCGUCAACAAGCACCUGAAGCCGAUCAAAGCGGCAAUCCUUAUGCAUCGAGAGAUGGCGGUGGGCGAGACAGGUACUAG